ACUUUUGGUAUCGUUUCCCACUCUUGUCUCUUAGCAAAGGUCCAACUUGCAGCAGGACUGUUCGGUUCGUCAUUGGAGCAAAGUCAUGGUGGCUUAAAAUACAUGCUGCAUUCAUCCCUUCGAACGUAAAUUUCCCUGUAGCUUCGAGUAUUUCCUUGCAGCAUCGAAAUUCACGAGCGCCGACAAGAAGCGAAUCAUCACAUCCACCACAUGUACACCUAUAGUAAAAAAAGCAAUGAGAAAACCUGAGUAUUUUAUCGCUUGAGAUGAAGAAUUUUCACCAGCAAAAUAUGAAAUCCUUACCACUGUUGAAGUGGGAUUUGUUUUUCGUAUCGUUGCUCCAAGACAGGUCGAGAAAUCCCGUCUUCAUCGAGUUCUUCAUCGCUUAAUUCUUCUGUUUGGUCGUCACUAGAGCUGGCCAAGGGCUCGUCUUGAUAAGGCAAGAAAUUGUCUUCAAACUUGUACUCAUCGCUAUCGCUUGAACUGUAUCGUUCACUACUGACGCUGCCAACGGAUACCUGAUCAGAAUUAUCGGAUUCUGAAGACACAUCAGACAUUUUUCUGGUUUAAAAACAAGCUACUUUACUAUAAAUUUCUGUUGUUGUUCAAGCACGACUCUAACCAGUGACGUCACGACUCGGGCCCAGACUCCGGAUGCCUUUUUCUCAAAAAUGCAAAUUUUUAAACGCUGAAAAGGGGUGCUUAUGUCCAAAAACAUAAAAAAAUAACAAGCGCAUUGUGCUCAGCGCACAAAAUACUACCAGAACAGACCAAAAAAUUAAAAUCGAAAAUUUCGUUUCAUAAGCACUUUAAAGCAGGGGCACUAAGGGACACUAUAAACUGGUUAAAGAUGGCGAAUGCAUAGUUUUUCUUGUGUUGUGAGAUGAAUUCCAGCCAUUUUUUCUUAAUUGUCGGGUUUCCAACUGAAAACUAAUUUCCACAAGUCACGAAUUUAACUCAACUGCACUGAAACUUUGGUGAGAAGAUUGAGUUUCAAAACUCAAUUCAAGAUUGAGUUUUUGGGGCCGUUUAAAAUCCCUGAAAAAAACCCUGACAGUGGUAAAAUGUGAGGGAAAAUGUCCUGAUUAACAUACUAAAAAUACAAAAAGAAUCCCUUCGGUGGAACAUGGUGAAAAUCAAGUUUUUCUUACUUCUACCUAUAGAAAACCAUUGUGGACAGAAUGUUCAAAUUUUGAAAUCAUUUUUAGGCAAAUGUAACCUACAUUAUUGGAAAGCUUAAACAAAACUAUAUUAAGGUCAAUUAAAGGACAUUGGCAAUAAAAAAAUUAUUGCUUUAUCUGAAAGAGCAUGAAAAAAUAAGCCGAUUGGCCGUUUACUGCUCUAUUCUAUCUCAUCUGGUUCCGAAGUUAUUUUUUGUUGCCAUGCAAUACCCUUUACACCGUUAUAUUCAAUAUACUGGUCAGUUUGUCGUUAUUCUAGCUCAAAGUUGGAAAAAUAGCGCAAAAUUUGCACAAAAUACAAAGUUUAUGGCAUUUUAAAUCUUGUAUAACUUCGGCUGGAUAGGCAAAAGCAAGGUAACCGUUUAAUGAUCUAUAUUUUAGUUUUUUUCUAAGCUUUCUAAUUAUGCAUGUUAUAUUUGCAAAAAAAUAAUUUCAAAAUUUCAACAUUUUGUCCGCAAUGGUUUUCUAUAGGUAGAAGUAAGAAAAACUUGAUUUUCACCACGUUCCACCGAAGGGAUUUUUUUUUAUUUUUAAUAUGUUAAUCAGAACAACUUUUCACACACUUAAUUUACCACUAUCUAUUGCGAUUACUUUGAUCAGGACCAUGUACUUAUAGUGAUUUGACUGGACUAUUAAUUCGGGCAAAAGUCCGACUCAGAUCUAGAACGCGACAUUUGGAUGCGCAAUCGAAAUUCGCGAUUCGGGUAUAGUCGAGGUAUUCUCCAUAGAAAACAAACCACUUGUAUAAGUAAAUAAAUGUUUGAUAAACACACACAAACUUGACGUUUCGUCUGAAAAGUUUUGAGUUGUUAUUGUCUACUAUUGUGCAUAAAUAAUCUAAGAAUGAACUUUUUUAUUUAAUGCCCGUUUGAAAGAACACUUGGUGUUAGACCUUAAGGUUUAAACGCAGGUUUGUAGUGUAAACAAUGUGUUCUAUAUCUAUAAUCUGUUUUGGAUUAUAUUCGAACUAGCUAAAGAAAGUCAGUGAAAAUAUUUCAGAGUAGGUCCUACGUCAUGAGACACGUCACUGACCUAUACAGGAAGUUCGGACUAAUUCCGUGCCAUGAUUGUCACGUAGGCCACACGAUUAGUCGUACACAAUACAGUCUUCCAGAGAUUAGUUAAAUUCAUUGAACUGAAUAGAACUGGAACGCUACCUUCAACCGGAAAUUUGAAGCCAAACUUGAAGGCGAGUCCCAGUCUUUUCACGCAUGCGAAGAGCGCGGUCAAUCAGUCAACCAUGAUUUAAACACGCAAGAAAAAGAUAGACUGUUUAUCUGAAGGUAGUAGCGUUGCAGUUAUAUUCAUUUCAAUGGUUAACUCAAGCGUCUUAAUCACGAAAACGAGGCUCUAUAGCGUACUUAUGACGUACUUUCCAGAUGGUUUUAUCCUUAACCAGUAAAGAUACAAAAACAUUCAUAUUUACUACAGCGGGAAGCUUCUUAUAUCAUUUAGCAGGACGAUAACAAGUUGUUGGAACAGCUUGUAAAUCCAACAACUUGUAACAAGUCUGUUGAGCUCAACAACCUUGUAGCAAGUUGUCAACAAGUCGCUGACAACUUGUCAACAAGCUGGGAACAAACAGUGCGAACACAUCCUGUUGACAAGUUGUUGGAACAAUUUAUAACAAGUCUGUUGAGCUCAACAACCUUGUAGCAGGUUGUCAACAAGUCGCUGACAACUUGUCAACAAGCUGGGACAAGCAGUGCGAACACAUCCUGUUGACAAGUUGCUGGAACAACCUGUAACAAGUCUGUUGAGCUCAACAACCUUGUAGCAGGUUGUCAACAAGUCGCUGACAACUUGUCAACAAGCUGGGACAAGCAGUGCGAACACAUCUUGUUGACAAGUUGUCGGAACAGCAUUGCUACAAGUCUGCUGCAGGUUUGUUACAACUUGUGCGUUGCAUGAUAUAGAGCAAGUUAGCAUUUCAUGAACUAAAACACACUCGUAUUUAACAUUGGCAUUUUAUUAACAAACUUAAACAAUUGUCAAACUUAAUGAGUACCUGUGUCGUCAAAUAAACCGAAAAACUGUUUACGCAUUUAAAGUUUGAAUGCGCAAUAAAGUGAAACGACUAUAUAUGUUUUAUAAACAUUUCCCCAAUAUAUAUAUUGGGUGCCGAAUAUAUGAACACCUUUCCAGCUAAAUCAACAAAUGACUGUUAAAAAAUCUCGACAAUUUAAUAAAAGCGGGCAAAUUAGAUUUUAUUAGAUUCUUUUAUAGUAAUAAAACGUGUUAUUUGAUUGGCUGAGCGGGCGGACCUGUGUUUGCAAAAAUGCUGGUAUAAAAAGGAAGGUCCGGGGAAAAUUCGGUUAAAAGCUCGGUUAGUUUUGAGGGGUAAGGGAAUGAUGGCUUAUUGUUUAAAUUGGAGAGACUGUCAAGUGUGCGAUUCUGAAAUGCGAACUUCGCAUUUGGUUGGGUAUGAGGCUCAUCCCGACGGCGGGUUUUAUGAAAGGAGAUGUGACCGCGAGGAAUUUGGAAAGAAGGCGGAUGAGAAUUCAACGGAAACAGAGGAGGACGAUCAUGCAGAAAUGUCUACAAAUGAACAAGGUAUGUAAAGUGGUCUAUUAGCUAUAGAAUAUACUGUAUGUAUAUGCACGAAACACGAAAUCAUUUACUGACAAAAAUAUUAUUUACUGACAAAAAUGCUCUUAAAAAAUUUACGUGUGAAUAUGAUCAAAUAUGCUUUACAUCAAGUAAUACGCUUACCUAAUUACUUACUUAGCCUGGACUAUUUUAUCUUUAUAACAAUUGAGAUAUUACUUUCUUAACAGUGUUAUUAUUUUAUACUGUAAUUAGCGAGAUGUAUUGUCUAAAAUUGCAGUUAAACUACAGACGUUCAACUAUGAAUUUGGAGGAGUUUGGAAAAGCUAAACUGACUUCAUUUACUGGAUCUUCGAAUUCAUUUACUGAAUAGCUCUAUAUGAAUUCUAUACUACAUGUACUCCUUACAACUUUAUUAAAGGCUUCAACCGUAUCGUAUCCUAUCGUAGCAUUUUCUUUUGUGUCGAAGUGAUUAGUUCCACUCUAGUGUUCAGGAAACAAAGGGGUACGCUACGCUUCGAUACGGUAGAAGUUGGUCAAUGGUCCAAUUUUUACAAUUUUUUUGCAAUUACAAUUUUUGAAGUGUCUAGUACGAAAAGUAUGUGUACCUUCGUUCACAUGUAUCAUUCAUCACAAAAAGAAAACAGGAACUAAAAUCGCAGCAAAUUCCAAAUGUGAACUGGCCUUCAUAUAGAAUCUUUAUUUCUAAAUGCAUUAUUCUAAGAGGUGUCCAUGAGAACAUUGUGCAAUCAAGCAGAAAUUUUUUUCUAUAUUAUACAUACACCAUAUUGAGGUGGUAACAGGAUUAUCUAAUAAGCGCAUGUUUAUAGAUGAAAACAAACUUGGCGUAGGCAGACCGCGUGUAUACCACAUGCGCUUGCGUGGGAAGACCCGCGGGUCAUCAGAAUGAUGGUCAAACACGUGCCUGGAAACAUUGCAAAUAAUUAAACAUGACUCAUCAUUCUUUAAAUAGAGUAUCUUCCUCAUAAUGCAGUAUAGAUGUGUGACUUCACAUAAAUGUCUUAAUCUUAAGUCCAGAGAGUCCAAAAACAUGCAUGACAAUAUAUUCUCUAUACAUUCUGUGACGAGUAUAACGCAUUUUCUAGUUAGACUGCAUGAACGCAACAUCGAAGAUAGAGGAGGGCAUCUCUUUAUAUUGUCAAGUUUGUCGGACACAUAAUAAACAAUUCUUCACAAUUAAAUUUACGAUUUAAAGGACUUUUGCAUAGGUAAAUUUUAAAGGAUUGGGUAAAUUUAAAAGUUUUGAAGGAUUUGCAAGAAAUGUGUGAGGGAACGGACUAUGGGCGCUUCCAUUAACACGGCCAGACCGGUCAGAACGGUCAAAUUGUUGAAUGAAACACAAAAUGUUUGGUCUUCGGACCUAUCUGACAGGAAAAUUUAGAUAACAUUAGAAUGAGGUCCAUUUUCGCUAGAUAUUUGAGAAACAUAGACCAGAUUUUCCCAUUGAUACAGAGAAAAGAAUUCGGAUCUGAACGGUCAGGCCAUUAAAUGGAAAGCGCCAUAGUUUAACACUAAAGCCUGUUUACAAUUGCAAUUUUUUCUGUGAUUUUCUUCUUCUGAUGGAUGUGAACGAGUGGAUAGAUUAUGAAUAUUCUGAGUAUGUGUACCCUCAUCUGAACAUUCAUAACUCAUUCACUCGUUCACAUCCAUCAGAAGAACAAAUCGCAUCUUGAAAUCGCAGCAAAAACUGCAAAUUUAUUUAUUUAAAAAUAUUUUACAACGAUAACCCUUCAGAAUCUACACAUAUCUGUUUUUCAAGAGGUCGUUGAACAAUAACACAUGGAGUUACAAAAAUUACAUCCACACACAGCUACUACUAUAUUAUUCAACUACUAUAUUAUACAAUUACUAUAUUAUGUUAAAAUAAACGAUAAGUACAAUGUAACCCAUUGAAAAUUUGGUAGUUUUAUUGCCAACCAGCAAAUUUGGUGGGAAGUGUCUACUCAAUUGUGAAUUCAUAUGGGGGCUUCAGCUAUAGCAAACAAUAAAUAGUAUUGUUCUGACUUGAUUUCUCAGCAGGCGCAGUAACGCGAAGACGACGUGCUACGUAUAAAAGAUGGCAAGUGGAUGUUCUCGAGGAAGCAUUUGAAGUGAACUGCUACCCUUCGACAUUAAUGAAGAAAAUAUUGGCCGCAAGACUUAACAUGGAAAACAUCCAAGUGCAGGUAGGAAAUUGAUGCAUUUGGAGUCUUAGACAUAUAGUACUACAGCGUGGUGCCCUGGAGCAGGGGUUAAAAUUUAAAAAAAAUUUAGUCGCCCAAGUUGCUACCAGUGAAGAAGAUCUGGUCCCCAAAUUUAAUAUCAGAUCACCCCAAAUUAAUGUGUUUUUAAAAAAAACCCAGUUGUUUAAUAUGUUGGCGGCAUAUUGUAUGCAAAAGCAGAAUAAAAUGCUUGAUCACUGAGAUAUUAAGUUUUUUUUCUCAGUCGCCGUCAAGACUACCUUUGGCAAAUAUCUGAUCGCCAGAUGAAAAAUUUGCUCGCAAUUGGCAACUUUCGUUUGGCGACCUGGCGCCCGCUCAUUUCACCCCCCCCCCCCCUGCCUUUAAGCAUGCACACGAGCCCUUUUUAUGGCAAUAAACUUGGGACAAACUUAUUUGAUUGAAAUUCAAUUCAAAAGACGGCAGUUGCGGCAGAGCGUAACAAUAUUAUUGCACAGUAGAAUUAAUGCGAAGGUAAACAUUUAAGUACAUAAAAUGAUGUAAAUGCAAAUGAAAAUGUAGAUUAUUUUAAAACCUGUGUUUGGAUAAGAUUAUCUUAACAAAAUAACAUUCUGUUUCAUAAUCUAUUCCAUAAUGUCACAGUUAAAACGAAAUCAAAGUUAAGUGAAAAGAUGUGAUAGAUAUUUAAUGAACCAUAACUUUAUAUUACUUCAUGUAUUUGCUUCAAACCCAGGCAAAAAAACAUUAUCCUCCAAUACUUAGUGAGAGAUAAUCGUUGCGAUUAUCAUGAUGUGAGAUUAUCACUUUUAUUAGUGGCAGAGAAUAAACAAAACACUUUAUUUUCUAUAAUAAAAUAUCAUUAUUAUUAUUUCGCGACUUUAAACUCGCUGUUCGCAACAAAUAUCUGUCCGUAUUACCAUGAACAUGUGAACUCAAGUUCCUUUUAUAUUUUAGGUUUGGUUCCAAAACCGCAGAGCCCGGAUGAAGAAAGACGGUCCUUCUCCAUACACUCGUAAUUACCCACCAAGUUCCGUACAUACCCGUUAUUAUCCCCAAUCUUCCUCAUAUGUCCGAUAUAACCCUGCCCAUUUACCUUAUGACGCCGAAAUAUUGACAUCUAUCAACAGACGACAACCACUUUGCUCGCAUGUCCCUAGACAUCCUCUUGUGACCCCAAUGUUCUCUCGCUGGGAUUUGGAUCGUGUGUUGUAUCAACAUUAUCCACGUCACGCGUGCUCCUCACGCGCGACGAUGACGUCAUCUCCAAGUCAAACCAGUGACGUCACCACUGAGAAGACGGAGAUCUAA